AUGUCAACUGCAGGGGCUACGAACACCAGCAAGGCGACUAUCCCCUUCCCACGCCGUGAGUGGAGCACGGCUGUGUUCGACCUGCCAAUCUACACUAGCACUCAAGUGUCGCCUGGCGAGAUCUCGUGGGGUUGCAAGAAGGGAAGCGCCGUCGUCAUCUCUGUUGUCGACCACAACCUUGACUGGAGUGCCGUUGAGGAUGCUCCUACCGCUGUGCUCCUGAGCCUGUGCGACUCGAUCCUUCUAAUGCGCCGCUUUCCAGAACCAUACCGUCCUCCACCCAUGGCCUACGACACGUGGCGCAUGGAGCGCGACAAGGACAUUGAACUCCUGUACGACGCCGCUCGCCGGCUGGUUCCUGCCGACAUUCUCCCGCCGUUCGCUCGCGCAAAGUCAACCAUGCUUGCAGCUCUCCACACGGUCUGGAUGCCUGGCAUUGAUGCUUAUCAGCUGCAUCCACCCAUGUCGGAUCCCUUUCCCCGGUGCGCCUUUGGUGUCUAUGCGCCUGGUCCCUCCGAUGCCAAAGCGUAUGGCUACACCUUCUGGCAGGGAUCAAUCUCCGCUACCGAAAGCGAGUCAAGCCUUCUUGACGAGGCUGUGCGCCUCGUGCGUACACACGGCUAUGAGCCACUGGCCCCCGGACCGUCUCCACUCCACUCUCUGCCCCUCGCCCACCCGCCCAUCGGCGUCACCGUCCUGCCUGGGCACACACCCCUUUCCUUUACGGACGAAUAG